AUGGCCACUCCACCUGAGAUCGAGCAGGCGAUCCCUGCGCCCGGCGAUGAAGUCGUUGAUGAUUGGGCGGGCCUGACGGACCCGGCUGAGAGGCGAAGACGGCAAAAUCGGAUUAAUCAGCGGGCCCAUCGUCGACGCCAGCGACAGGCUAAAAAGGAUGGAGAUUCUAAAAACACGGUCGCUUCUCCGUCUUCUGCGGUAGUGCGAUCUGGGGGCAGUUCCUCUGGUGGAAGUGUCUCUGCCAGCUCUCCAUCCGAUAAGAAAGGCAGUACAUGUCUACCACCUGGGCUUGUGCAAAUGCUUUUGAAACAGUUUGCUGAAAAAGCUUACCAGAGCUAUAUGCUCGGAGACCCCGCCUCCGAUCAACUUCUUACGCUCACAAGGGUCAAUGUCUUCCGAGCGUGUGGGCAUAAUUUGAAAAGUAUUGGAUUCAACAUGGAUGAAAUGACCGACGACGCGAUCUCACCUUUCAACUUUGCUACAAGCCAGGAGGCAUUAAUAUCAAUUGAUAUUUCCGAUAUGCCUCUUAGCCUUCGACCGACCAAGAUCCAACGAACAGUACCACAUCAUCCUUGGCUCGAUUUCUUCCCAUUGCCGAAAAUGCGCGACAACUUGAUUCAAGCGGGCGAUGAUUGGGAUGAUGAUGAACUUUGUCAUGAUAUCAUGGGGUUCUGGAAUUCCCCAGAGGCUGGCAAUGCCGGUUUACUGGUAUGGGGAGAGCCGUGGGAUGUGAAGAAUUGGGAGCUCACCGAGGCGUUCCUCAAGAAAUGGCAAUGGGUUGUGAGAGGGUGUCCUGAACUGAUGAAUUCUACCAACGCUUGGCGAGCGAAACGUGGUGAAAAAUUGAUAUUUCGCUACAUUUAA